CUCUGUUCAUGGAUUGCUUGAGAGAAAUACGAGGAAAACAAGCUCACGAUCCCAUGUUCAUGGAGAAGAUGAAUACUACGUCGUCGUCUUGGCGUUGCAUAUGCGUUCCGGGGCCACUUAUCGUGGGUGCAGGGCCUUCGGGUUUAGCCACGGCCGCUUGCUUAAAAGAGAAAGGGGUUCCGAGUGUAGUCCUAGAGAGAUCUAAGUGCAUAGCGUCGUUGUGGCAACUCAAGACCUAUGAUCGCCUACAACUUCACCUGCCUAAACAGUUCUGCGAGCUUCCCCUCAUGGGGUUCCCUGCUGAUUUCCCUACUUACCCUACCAAGCAACAGUUCGUGGACUACUUGGAAGCGUACGCUAGGGAGUUUGGUAUCGAACCACGGUUCAAUGAGACGGUUUCACGGGCCGAGUACGACGCGGUGCUGGGGUUCUGGCGCGUCAAAAGCGUUGGGAUAAAGGGGGAGGUGAUGGAGUACGUGUGCCGGUGGUUGGUGGCGGCGACGGGAGAGAAUGCGGAGGCGGUGGUGCCGGAGAUGGAAGGGAAGGGUGAAUUCGGUGGGGACAUAAGGCAUACGAGUUUGUAUAAAAGUGGAGAGGAGUUUAGAGGAAAAAGGGUUUUAGUGGUGGGGUGUGGGAACUCAGGAAUGGAGGUGUGCUUGGAUCUUUGCAAUCAUAACGCCAGGCCUUCACUUGUGGUCAGAGAUGCAGUGCACGUCCUUCCACGAGAGAUGCUGGGAAGAUCAACUUUUGGGUUGUCCAUGUGGUUGCUCAAGUGGCUCCCCAUUCGGUUCGUCGACCGCUUAUUGCUGAUCGUAUCGUGGUUCAUGCUGGGUGACACCGCUCGAUUCGGCUUGGAACGACCACGAUUGGGUCCCUUGGAACUCAAGAAUCUGUCCGGAAAGACCCCGGUCUUAGAUGUUGGCACGCUAGCCAGCAUAAAAAAUGGAGACAUUAAGGUAUGUCCGAGCAUCAAACGCCUAAAACGAUUUGCAGUGGAGUUCGUUAAUGGUGAAACCGACAGCUUUGAAGCAAUCAUUUUAGCAACUGGUUACAAAAGUAACGUACCCUCCUGGCUAAAGGAAGGAGAGAUGUUCUCAGAGAAAGAUGGGUACCCUCGAAGGCCAUUCCCUAAUGGGUGGAAAGGUGAAAAUGGGUUAUACGCCGUAGGGUUCACUAAACGUGGAUUGCUAGGUACAUCAAUGGAUGCCAAGAGGAUCGCAGAUGACAUCGAACGGUGUUGGAAACAUGAUGCCAAACAUCGUACGGCCUUCACUCGUUCAUCAUGA